UGCUCCGCACUCGAGAGUAAUAAUUUCCCCGGGGAGGUCGGUUGUCCUGCCGAUAAUGGCCGUAUCCCCUUGUCCCUUCCUUGUAGUUUCUUUCCCCCCUUCAACACAGAACUUGAGUCAUGGAAAAUGGGAAUGGAAAUAGGAGCAAGAUCCUAACAUUUGGAGCCUGAUCGGCUUUUGCUCACAUGGAAACGUCGUAGGUGCUUCAAGUGAGAUCUGGAGAUGGCGAUCGCCGCCAUUUUCUCAUCAGCCGUGCUUUCCUCCCUUAUACUCUCCGCCAUUUUAUCGGCGGAGACUGAUGGGCUGCGAGUCAGCGUCGGUGCAGCGAAGGUUUCCAACAGUUUCCCGAUUGGCGGCCGGAAUUUAGUGCCUGUAUCCGACGGGAUUCUGAAUUUCGCACCAUUGGCGUCUGGACCUGCGGCAAUGGCUCCGGAUGCUGGGGUUCUGCUCGUAUUGGCUGCGAAGAGAACGAGGAGGCCAGAUGUGCUGAACAAGUUUAGGCAUUACAGAGGAGGCUGGGACAUUACCAAUCGGCAUUACUGGGCUUCUGUUGGGUUUACAGGUGCUGCUGGAUUUAUUCUUGCAUUGAUAUGGUUUCUAUCCUUUGCAUUUGCAUUAGCUGUAUUUCAUUGCUGUGAUUGGAGGAUGACUAUAAAGGAGAAAUCAUCAGAACGGUCACAACAAUGGUUUUAUCUGCUGUUUCUGCUGCUGUUCACCUGCACUGCAUCGAUUGGCUGCAUAGUUCUAUGUGUUGCUCAGGAUGAAUUCCAUGAUGAAGCAUCUAAUACCUUAAGUUUUGUUGUUCAACAAUCAGAUUUCAUUGUCCAGAUCCUAAGGAAUGUCACAGAUUAUUUAUCCUUAGCGAAGACAAUAAGUGUGGAUGAGUUCUAUAUUUCGUCUGAUGCUCAAAAUGAAAUCAACAAGUUAGAUGUGGAUCUAAGGAGUGCAGCUCAUAUCAUAUCAGAAAAAACAACCGAGAAUUCGGAAAAGAUUAGAAGAGCGGUAAAUUAUGUGAGGGAUGUUUUGAUUUUAGUUGCAGUAAUUAUGCUUUUGCUUGCUCUUAUCGGUUUUGUACUUUCAAUUAUAGGACACAAGCGGGCUAUCUACGUGUUUACUACAGCUGGAUGGCUACUUGUUGCGGUUACACUUUUUUUGUUUGGAGUUUUUGUCAUUUUAAAGAGCACUGUAGGUGAUACCUGCACUGCCAUGAAUGAAUGGGCUCAUUAUCCUCACACUGAGUCAGCACUCAGCAACAUUCUUCCCUGCAUCGACCCCAAAACGACGGAUCGUACAUUGUUCCAAAGCAAAAUAGUCGUUCUCCAGCUAGUCAGUGUAGUCAACUCAGUAAUUCGAUCAACCGCAAAUUCAAACCAUUCAACCUCUCAAUCUUCCAACCACUUCAAUCAGUCUGGACCUGUAAUGCCACUUCUCUGCUCUCCAUAUGAUUCCAAACUCGAGCCGCGAUAUUGCCGGUCUAACGAAGUUUCAUUCAGCAAUGCUUCUUUGGUGUGGAAAGACUAUAUAUGCGCAGUUUCAGAAUCAGGUUCCUGUACUGGUUUUGGAAGGAUUACUCCUAAUGUCUAUCUGCAGCUGGUUGUGGCCGUAAAUGCAAGCUAUGCGCUUGAACACUACACUCCACUGCUUCUGAACCUACAGGACUGUAAGUUUGUUCGUGAAUCCUUUAAUACUAUUACCAGCGACUACUGUAAUUAUCUGGAGCGUGAUCUCAGCAUGGUCAAUACUGGCCUUCUUCUCAUCUCCAUUGGUGUUAUUCUCUGCCUCCUCUUCUGGAUCUUAUACACGAAUCGACGCCGGCAAGAGCUGUCUGUAACUCUAUCUGAAGCUCUCCAAGUAACUUCUCUACCCUCCUAAUAAUUAAUAGUCCAAGUAGUUCCUUUCUUUUUAUCAUUUGUUUUCUCAGAUGGAGCAAAGCGCCAUCUGAUUUUAACACGGUUUCAUGUGUUUCUGGAAUUAGAGAGAGGUUGAGGGAGGGUUUUGCUCUUCUUUAGAUUUGAGAAAAUUUUGAUGCACUCAUGUAUAAUAUGAAAUUUUGAUCUUAAAUUCACACAUUUGUAGCACUAGUUAUUGCAAUAGUUAAGAAGUUUAUAUAUUCCCAA